AUGAACGGGCCCACCCUGCAGCCCUCCUCGGCCCCCUGCGCGCCCUGCGGCUCCUCGGCGGCCCCGCGGGGCUGGAGCGAGUUCUGCGAGCUGCACGCGGCGGCCGCGGCCCGGGAGCUGGCGCGCCAGUACUGGCUCUUCGCGCGCGAGCACCCGCAGCACGCGCCGCUGCGCGCCGAGCUGGUGUCGCUGCAGUUCACCGACCUGUUCCAGCGCUACUUCUGCCGCGAGGUGCGCGAGGGCCGCGCGCCCGGGCCGCCCGCGCGCGACUACCGGGAGACGGGCCGCGGGGCGCCGCCCAAGGCCGAGGCGCCGCCCGCCGAGCCGGGCCCCGCGCCCGCGGCGCUCGCGCUGUCCAAGGCCCGCAGCUCGGAGGAGCUGGCCCCGCCGCGGCCGCCCGGGCCCUGCGCGCUGCAGCACUGGCGCCACAGCCUGCGCCACCUCUUCCGCCGCCGCUCGGCCGGGGAGCUGCCCGCCGCCCCGGGCCCCGGCGACGCGGGCGAGGCCCCCGCGCGGCCCGGCCUGGCGCGGAAGCUGCUGCCCUGGAGCCUGGGCCGCGAGGCGCCGCCCGAGGCGCUCAAGGAGGCGGCGCUGCGGUACAGCCUGGCCGACGAGGCCUCCAUGGACAGCGGGGCGCGCUGGCAGCGCGGGCGGCUGGCGCUGCGGCGGGCGGGCGGCCCCGACGGCGCGGACCGCGUGCUGGAGCUCUUCGACCCGCCCAAGAGCUCAAAGCCCAAGAUCCAGGCGGCCUGCUCCAGCAUCCAGGAGGUCCGGCGGUGCACGCGCCUCGAGAUGCCCGACAACCUCUACACCUUCGUGCUGAAGGUGAAGGACCGGACAGACAUCAUCUUUGAGGUGGGAGAUGAGCAGCAGCUGAAUUCGUGGAUGGCUGAGCUCCGGGAGUGCACAGGCCAAGGGCUGGAGGGCCCGGAGCCGGAGAUGCAGGCUCCCUCAGCUCUAGAGCCAGGCGUGUCCAGUUCCCCAAGGGGAAGCACGGAUUCCCUGGACCAAGGUGCUUCUCCCGGGGGGCUGCUGGACCCAGCCUGCCAAAAAACGGAUCAUUUCCUGUCUUGCUACCCCUGGUUCCACGGCCCCAUCUCCCGCGUGAAGGCAGCUCAGCUGGUCCAGCUGCAGGGCCCCGACGCUCACGGGGUGUUCCUGGUACGGCAGAGUGAGACUCGGCGCGGGGAGUACGUGCUCACCUUCAACUUCCAGGGCAUAGCCAAGCACCUGCGCCUGUCGCUGACCGAGCGGGGCCAGUGCCGAGUGCAGCACCUGCACUUCCCCUCGGUCGUGGACAUGCUGCACCACUUCCAGCGCUCGCCCAUCCCCCUCGAGUGCGGGGCUGCCUGUGACGUGCGGCUGUCCAGCUACGUGGUGGUCGUCUCCCAGCCCCCAGGUUCCUCCAACACUGUCCUGUUCCCCUUCUCCCUCUCGCACUGGGAUUCCGAGCUGGGCCUUCCCCACCUCGGCUCUUCUGGCUGUCCCCGGGGGCUCAGCCCAGAGGGUCUCCCGGGCCGAUCCUCUCCCCCAGAGCAGAUCUUCCACCUGGUGCCUUCACCUGAGGAACUGGCCAACAGCCUGCGGCGCCUGGAGCCCGAGCCUGCGAGCCGAGCCCGGGACUCAGACUACGAAAUGGACUCCUCCUCCCGGAGCCACCUGCGGGCCAUAGACAACCAGUACACACCCCUCUGACGGGGGAGGACUCAGCCGAGCAAGCAGAGACGUGAACUUGUGAAUGUAACUUUCUUUCCUUCCUUCCAGAGAGAGAGUAAGGGACACUGGCAACUGCUUGUUCCAGUUUGGACGUGACCCUUCUAUUAGGCCUGUUAAAGGGCCUCCUGUAAGUUUCACCCAUCGCCGGCCUUUUCCUCAUUGUUUACAGAUGUAGUUCUUGUUCACGGACGCCGCCAGCUCCGGCCGAGGCCCUCGGACCAGACCCCUUCACCCUCGGGAGGUGGCGGGGGGAGGGGCUGGCAGUGGAAAUGUGUUCUUUUUCACUGACACUGUCACAGCUGCUGACAGACUUUCGGGGGACGUGGGGGGAGGGAAGAGGGUGUAUCAGGAAGCCCAAAACACUAACAGCCUGGAUUCUCCCCUGGUCUCCCUGCCCUAGCUUCAGUCCACGCGGCAGGCCUACCGCACCUAUCCCGCUUCGACUUUCAGCUUUAGGACAGCUCCGGCAGAGGGACAAGCUAAAGCUCGAUAAUUAUUUUAAACAUUUUACCUCAGAUUUAACUGUUCCAAGGAUUCAGGUUUCAAAACCAAACCAUUGCUUAUUUCAUUGCACUGUUUGAAUUCAUACCCGUGCGAUUUGUUUUGUCAUCAGAGGAAGCUAUGCAAACCCUACUUGACUCGUUCCCAGCUGGAGCCAGCACGCCUGGCGGCCUUGUCUGUGCCUCCUCAGCACUGUUACCCUUUCAGGGCUAUCCAGGCAAUUACUGACAUAGGAGGGUGGCAAGGAACAGUCCUACCCUGGUGCCUUAUGCAUAAACAAACUGGAUCUGAUCUAUAGCAGCUUUAUGGUGAGAGUUCAACUGAGAGGUGAGGGAGGGACAAGCAAACAGGGAAGAAGGGCUCCUGAGCCCUUUCCAGCAAACCCUUCAACAGGGCUGGCUCAGAGCCUCCCACGCAUCUAACGGCUUAUUAAAUUAUCCCACAAGUCGGUUUUAGGCUCCUUCCUGAGCCAAAAUGGAAGCUAGGAAUCUGGUGCCACAGCUAAUGAGAAACUCCUUUAAUAGCCCACAAUCAAAGUUCUGUUCCAGCUGGCUACUGCCUCAUCUGAUGGCGAAUGUGUGUGCAGGCACACGUGGGCACGCACAAUCUCCACCAUCCAGGGAGGCCCUGCAGUCAACUCUCCAUCUAUACUUGCCUUUCACAAGUGAUAGAAUUCUGGCUCCUCCCAGAACUUUCCUGUGGAGGCUCAGAAACAAGGGGGGCAGUGACUGUGGAGUCAGCUGCUCCCUGUGUCAGUGGAGCUGUUCAACACAGCCACCAGCUCACCGCGGCGGCUUCUAGGAAAGUGGCGUAUAGCACCGCUUAUCUGGCACAGACCCACCACCAAGGCUAACCUCGGCCUAAACGAACUACUGACUGCCUUAUCUGAGGUGAGGUUUGGUCUGUUCCCUCCAGUCAUUCUCUGUACUCCAAGAGGACAGACCAUUGCUUUUAGAAUACCCGAGGGGCGGGGCACAUAGCCACCGCCUCACCACUUUUUAACCAAUACUCCUGGGUGUUUUCAGAUUGUAAGGCAGAUGCAACCCGGACCAAGCAAGUUUUCUGGUCCUUUUCUAAGGAGGUUUGCCUUUAUUUUCUACACAUCAAGUAGGUUUCUCCAGGUACUGAAUGUUAAGCAAAGUGCAAACCAGAGGAGUAGACACUAUUCUGGGUUUCUUUUCAGAGAGAAAGGCUCAUUAGUAAGUCACUGGUGCACACUUUCCCCUUGUUGCACAGGAGAAGGGACAAGCAGAUGAUGAACCGAACCUAGUUAGUUCCCUCCCUCCAGAAGUGUGAACACCUGGAAUAUGACCAUUUAAAGCCAGGGGCUCUCACUUAGCAGCCUCUCAACAUUUAUUUCUCAGGUAAUGCCAAGAGGCAAGCCAGGCACAGCCAGAGUAGCAGCUCUGACCCACUGGCUACAAAGUAUAAGCUCAGACUCUGGCGGGAGAAUUGGGAGCCACCCACUUCCAGACUGUUUCAGUGUAAAAUGGUCAAGAAGACAUUUCUAAAUGUGUCUGAGUUACCGAGACAGAUCAAAUUACAGUCCAGCAAAAAGCCCCUGGUGGCCAGGAAGAAGUGACACUGAGCCAGUGCCUUUCCUCUGCUAGAGCAGUCGGAGGUGGUUAGGAAGGGUCCGCAUUCACAGGCAGUGGUGUGAGGCUGCAGCCAGCCCGCCAUGGCCACAGCACAUGCACCACCCUCCUUCCAGUCCCAGUAUGACCACUGCUGGCAGCAAGAGGCCAAACCACAGGCCUCCACGGAGAGCCUGGGCUCUGAGUGCCAAACAGUUAUCUCUCAUUACAGAUGAGGAGAGCCUCACUUUCGGCACCAUCACAUCUUUCAUCUGACUUUCAUGAACUUUUUUUACAAACUAACAGUCACCAGCACCAAAGAAUUAAGUCAACUAACUAACCUGCCUUGAAUUUUAGACCAGCAAUCCAUAUGGCUUUAUCUGGCAUAAAUCUUCUGCCUUUGAUCAUUUCUGGACCAUGUAGGAAAAAGGAAUAGCAAUCAUUAAAAUCUUAAGCCAGAGAACACUAUUUUUACAUAACAGUUUCUUAACCUAUAACCAAGCCCCAAGGGUUGCCUGAGAUUCCUUCCUGCUUUUACUGAGGGCCAAGUCUCUUCCUGCAAAUGUCAUGUGAGCGCUAACAUCUCCCACUGGCUAGGAGUUUGAUGGUAUAUCACCCACUGCCUCGUAACAAGGACACACCUGACAUCCAGUGUUUGGUUGGAAUAAGCAGCACAUUGUAAUGACAACAUAGAAAUGGAUUAGUCUUGUUAUUAUAGGCAGAAUGUAUUUGCCAAAUUUUUAUGUAUUGUUUAUGUACUGUACAAGUAACUUAUUCUUGAAUAAUGCAGAUUUUGCUAUAAUGUACAAAAUGCUACAUGUGAAUUAAAAAAAUUUUCAGAAUCUUGAUUUGUUGCCACACUAUUCAAAGGCUCGAUCUAUUACAACUUUGAUCUCUGAGGCACCCUAGUCCUGCUCAAAUACUUGGCUUUUCCCUUUCUCGAAACUCCUCUCACAAAUUAGGGACAUGAACAAAUGCUUAUGAAUCUACAGCAAUAAGCUGCUUUGUACAUCGCUGCCUCUUUUCAGCCCUCUGGAUUCCUUUGUCAGCUUAAAAAGAAAAUGUCUCCUGCCCCCUGCUGGUAAAACAGACAGAUGCCUGAAUCAGGACAACUUCUGAGUAACACUCAUUUUGGGUUCAGGGUGCAGAUAUUAAAAAAGAAGAAGCUUACAGAUCCUUUUCAGGCCGAGGAUGUGGAUUUUCAUUCAGUGCUGUCCACCUCUGGCCAGCCCUCCUCCUGAAGCAGAAGUCUAUCCACCAAAGAGAAUAGCUCAGUCUUGUCUUUUUCUAGAUACCUUCAACCAGAACUAAAGGUGAAGAAGAAAAAUCAUUGGACAACUACUCUUCCAGAAAAUUAAGAAAGCACACUUAGUCCUCUUACCUUGAUAUUAAGUAUCCUAUAAACAGGGUUAGCUUACACAAACACACACUAACUUGGUAUCAGUUUUUAAAACUUUUU